ACGUUUUCGAGGAUAGCGCCCUGUCCAAAUUACACCCUGACGACCGUGGUUGCACAGAGAUACCCGGAGGCAGCCUCUUGGCGGUGCCGCGGUCAGAGACUAAUUCACGCCCAGCGGAGGGUAGUUCGAUGCGCAACAAGGCAAAACCACCACAUCCAAAGUCAGCUUGCGAUUUGCUGGAGCUACAUGGCCACGAGGAGGGCCUGUUGACUCAAGUCAAAUCUCAAAGCUCCCUGCUGGAAAAACGGGGCCUAGGCGAGCUGAGAGACAUUUCUCUGAAUGAAGAUGACAGCGGCAUCAAUUGUAGUCAAAUUUCCAUCGAGCAUGGUGACUUUGGCCCGGCUUCACCGGACAUUAUUACUUCCAGUCAACGUUCUCUCAUUCACCGAAGUUACUCUGAUACAAAUAUUGCCUACAACAGUAUGCAGUUGCGGUUUGAGGGUUCAGAGUGCGGAAGACGGCUGUGCGUCAGCGAACCUGCUGCUUUCACCCUUCCUGCUCCUAAGCACGUGGUGGGCUUCAUCGGAAUCGAUGGUCGAACAAUCACCCACAUGUUUAAGGAGCAGUCAGAGCAGGAGAGUUUUUUUUUCGAUUUCGAGGUUGAAGAGGUGUCCGGUUCAAACAACUACAUUGACGCUGAUGGUGGCAUCAACUAUUCGACCCUGCUUACGGGCAUUUACUGGACAAGCAACUUGCACAGUUCCCUACGCAUAUGCGAGCACCUGCUGAAGAACGUCUACUGCCUACUGGAUCUCUGUUUUAUAAACUGGAAGCACGAUCUCUGCAGACACAAGCUCAGGAAGCUACCGGCAACCAGUCAAGUGGAGAAGAAAGGCGACGAUACUGCCACCCUGGCCUCCUCCUCGUCUGCUUCGCGUCACAGUACUGUGCAGCUUCCGGUGAAAUUUGACAAA